AUCAGCAUGGGCCACGGUGAGACAUUCUUCCUCUGAUACUCGUGCGGGAGACCCAGCGGCAACAGAGAACUGCCUGGUGUUUCAUCAGUAGAGACGAACAAAAAGAAGUCAAAGCCAUGAAACCGCUUUUACUUGGAGUGCUGGGCUGCUCUCUGCUCCUGUCUGUGGAGGCUUUGUACUCCCCCAGCGACGAUGUUGUGGAGCUCACACCCUCCAACUUCAACAGAGAGGUGAUGCAGAGUGACAGUCUGUGGCUGGUGGAGUUUUACGCUCCCUGGUGUGGACACUGUCGCAAUCUGGCUCCUGACUGGAAGAAGGCAGCUACUGCUCUCAAGGGAAUCGUCAAGGUUGGAGCUGUUGACGCUGACGAGCACAAGUCUCUGGGGGGACAGUAUGGAGUCAGAGGGUUCCCCACCAUCAAGAUCUUUGGAGCUAAUAAGAACAAGCCAGAAGAGUACCAAGGGGCUCGCAGUAGUCAGGCCAUUGUGGAUGGAGCAAUGAACGCCUUACGUUCUCUGGUGAAAGACAGACUCAGCGGCAAGUCCGGCAGCUCCGGCUACAGCAGGCAGCAGAGUGAUAGUGGCAGCAGUGGGAGCAGCAAGGAUGUGGUGGAGCUGACUGAUGACAACUUUGAUAAGACUGUACUGCAGAGCGAUGAUGUGUGGUUGGUGGAGUUCUUCGCCCCCUGGUGUGGACACUGCAAAAAUUUGGAGCCCGAGUGGGCAGCUGCAGCCACAGCAGUGAAGGAGCAGACGAAGGGUAAAGUUCGCCUCGGGGCCGUGGAUGCUACUGUGCAUCAGGUUCUGUCCAGUCGCUAUGGGGUCCGUGGGUUUCCCACCAUCAAGAUUUUCCGUAAAGGCGAGGAGCCAGAAGACUACCAGGGAGGCCGAACCCGUGGAGAUAUUAUUGAGAGGGCUUUGGAUCUGUUCUCUGACAACGCUCCUCCUCCUGAGCUGGUGGAGAUCCUCAAUGAGGACGUCCUGAAGAGCACGUGUGAGGGCAGCCAGCUGUGUGUUAUUGCAGUGCUGCCUCACAUUUUGGAUACAGGUGCAGCUGGCAGGAACGGCUACUUGGAGGUGAUGAUCAAGAUGGCACAGAAGUACAAAAAGAAGAUGUGGGGCUGGCUCUGGACCGAGGCGGGGGCUCAGAUGGAGCUGGAGUCCGCUUUGGGCAUCGGCGGCUUUGGCUACCCUGCCAUGGCUGCCAUCAACACGCGCAAGAUGAAAUUUGCUUUGCUCAAAGGCUCUUUCAGUGAGACUGGCAUCCAUGAGUUCCUCAGGGAGCUGUCUGUGGGCCGGGGCUCCACUGCCACACUGGGAGGGGGUGUUAUGCCAAAGAUUCAUGCUGUGGAACCCUGGGAUGGCAAAGACGGACAGCUUCCUGUGGAAGAGGACUACGACCUAAGCGACGUAGACCUGGACGAAGACUUUGAGAAGGAUGAGUUAUGAGUCUAAACAAGACCUGAUCUCAAAAGACUCUUGUCAGGUCUAGUCUGGGCAUCCCGCCCCCCCCUCUCCUGUGGAUGAAUGGGAGGCCUGGUUACUGAAAACCUUAAAAAAAUGACACUUGAGACUCCUGUGGUUUCUCACAGCAUCCCAGAGAGGGGAGCUUCUGUGCCCUUACAGUGAACUCUGUCAAAACUCUGCUCAAAGUUUCAAAAGGGGAAAACUUUUACACAGCCGAGGGAGGAGGAGCUUCUAAAUGUCCCAUGAUUUAUGGAAGUCUUCGCCCAGCAUCGCUCUUUGCUCCGCAGCUCCCCUAAAGAACCUAUUUUAUAAUAUGGGAAGUAAAAGUGGAACUGAAAGAUGACAAAAUGAACAUUUUCUCUUUUGAAUCCAGUCAAUGUGAGGUAAAGUGGAUUUUCAGUGUCCAUUCGGGACAGGGGGAGCUGUGGGGACGUCUUGUGUAGAUUUUUCUUACACGACUUUAUUUGUGUGAAACCAACAUGACAUUUUUGUUACAAAAAUUAAAAAAAUAAAAUAAAACCAAA